AUGGUAAAUGAAGUAGUUACCACUCAUCUCUUAGAUCACCGGGAGAGAAUGGGUUCAAGAACCGAAAGUUCCACGUGCUGGUAUGCUUUCAUAUGCACUUUGGGCGGGGGGGAGAGGAGCGGCAAAGGGCACGGCAGUAGCGCCGCAUCGAGGGCGGCCAGUGCCGGCACGACCCCCGUUCCCGCGCGCACGCCCACCCCGCGCCGGAGAAGGGUGUUCCCGGGGCGGGCGAAGGGCGGGAAGGGGGACGGGUUAUCGAGAGGGAAAAUCGGCGGCUGCCGGCGCAGAGCUCGCUCGCAUUCCGCGCCGGCGGCUGGGGCUGCUCGUCCGCCUCUGGCCAUGGGGCUGCAGCCCCGGCGCGCCGCGGGGCCCUGCCCGCCCGCGGGGAGAAGCGCCGCCCUGCCCGGAGCGCGCUCCGCUCCUCCCUGGGCCCGCAGCGACGAACCGGAGGGAACUCCCGGACGCCCCGCCACGCUGCCGCCCCUCCUGCCGGCCAUCCUGCCGACCCCCUCCGCUUCCCCCGCUGCCGCCCGGGCGCAGCCCAAGAAGCCGCCGGCGGCCGCCUCGGCCCCCAAGAAAGCAGCGCCUCGGCCCGCAGAGGAGAAGGCGGCGAGGAAGGCGCGGGGGGCGCCCCCGGAACGGCCGGGCCCCCUCUCCAGCUCCUGGCCCUGCUCGUCCCUGCAGCGGCCGCCGCCGCGGAGACCGCCGGCCGAGCGGGCGGCGCGGCCCCAGCCCACCCCGCCGCAGCCGCGGGGCCGCCCGGGGGCGCCGGGGGCGGGCAGCCGCUCCUGCGAGAGCCUCGGCGGGGCGCCGGGGGAGGCGGCGGGGCGCUUCUCGCUGAGCCUGCCCCCGGAGGCCAUCCGGGUGCUGCAGCGCCGCAGCCUGGAGCGGCAGCGGGGGCAGCCCGCACCCUCGCCCGCCGGCAGAGCUGCCCCGGCCCGGCGCGGCGACCUGCGCGCUCUGCUGAAGGUUUCGCUGCUCAACGACCGGCACCGCUACGACGACGAGGAGUACGAGGAGGAGGAGGCGGGGGCCGCGGCGGACGAGGGGCUGGUGCGGAAAUGCACCGAGUGGCUGCGCGGCGUGGAGAGCGCGGCCGGCCGCGACCACCCCGAGCGGCUGGAGACGCUGCCGCACUUGGGCACCCUCUGAGCGCCGCCGGGACCGGGCAGCGGCACGGCCGGGGCUGCCGGAGCGGUCGGACCGGGGGGAGGUGGGGCCGCCAUCGGCGAUGUCGUGUUCCGUGUGGUGUUGUCGGUGCCCUGGAAGCCCGGGCGGGUGGCGGCAGGGGCCGGGCAGCGCAGCCCCCGGCCCGGAGCCGAUCCUCGGGGCGCCGCUGCCGCCGGGGCGAGGGACAAAGGAGCGGCGCCGGCCUCCGCCCGCCGGUGCCCGGGUGCUGAGAGGGAGGGCACCGACUGUGAGCGUCCUGCCUCCACCCUCGCGGUUUUUUUAAAGAUUUCUGACUACUUUAUAAAAUGUGCGUAAUGGUUUUGUAUAUUUGUACAUAAAAGUUCAUUUUUAUUUAUUUGAAUAAAGGACUCUUGUGUUGAGGUA